UAUAUAAUGAAUAAAUACGUAUGCAAUGUCAGGAAUUAAUAGAUACUUUCUUUUAUUUUUGUAGAUGUCUACACUACUUCUACACUAAUGAGAGAUUGGAGACCCACUCCGUGGAUUGCAGCAAGAUGAACGAAUGCGCCAUCGUCUUACCCAACGAAGUGGACAAGUGGCUAAGUUUCACUAACUACAACAGGAAGGAGCGAAUGCCGUUCGUCGUGUACGCCGAUCUGGAGUGCAUCCUGCAGAAGACGGAGGAGGAGAACGACCCGAAGCUGUACCAGCGUCACCGGGUAUUCAGCAUCGGGUAUUAUGUGCGGUGCUCCUACGACGACUCGCUAUCCGAGUACCGAUCCCGUCGCGAUACCGAUUGUAUAUCGUGGUUCGUCGAAGAAUUAAGAAGUUUAGCGUAUCGCGUGAAAGCGAUUUUGUAGAGAAAUGUCCCCAUGGUAGAAUUAACUCGAGACGAGCGCGAAAAAUUCAAUAGCGCGACGCAGUGUCAUAUCUGCAAGAAACCGUUCGUGCCGGACAACACGCGGGUUCGUGACCAUU